AUGUUUCUAAGACUCUUCUCUACGAGAAAGAAAAUAAACUUGAUUCAUCAUAAAAGUGAUUUUAAUAUUGAAGCAAGCUGGCCAUCCUCUGCUAGUGGACAUGGAAAAGGACCUUCUCUUGGUAUAGGAGCUACAGCCAAAUCAAGUGCCAGUCGAUCAACACUCUCGUCAGGCACAAUUCUUUCAUCGACCGAAGACUUCUUUAAUUUUACGAAGAGAAUAAAUGAAGAAGCUGCUGCAUUAAGAAUCUCAAAUGAACCAUCGAGAAUGUAUAUCAAGCGUUACUUUCUUCUGAAAACAUUUCUUCUAGGACGAAUCAAAGAUAUUCGGCAAGUUUAUCAAUUCGAUCCUAAAGAUGAAUUUAAUAUUUUCUGUCGGAAAACAUCAAGCUCUUUCGCUGACGAUGAGUUCACUCUUCGAACUAAUACUACUGAUGAACAAAUCAAAAGAAUAGAAGAUAUUUCGAUUGAUCAUAUCGUGAUUGUUAACGAGGAUGACAAGCACUUUCUUGCUAAAGUGAUCGAUGUGAGAGAACCUAUGGAGGAAGUAAUUCUCGAACGUUAUGAACAUUGUCUCUCUUUAUCAUCAUAUAUAAGGUGUUCCAGCAAAGCCAAGACAAAGGCAACUAUCCCGUACAAAAAUAUUAUUGCACACUUUAUUUGUUCAUCAGUAUUUGGUAGACGAAAUCAACUAUCACUGUCGAAAGAACAAUUUCAAGAUAUUCAGAAACCUUAUGCGUAA